UUCCAAAAACAAAAUAUAUAUGUGAAAUUUAAAGCACAGUAAAUUCAAACCAUAAUGUUAGUACUCCCUUUCAUUACCUGCCUGUUCUUUUUAUUGUUAACAACUUCAAGCUCAUUAUUAGACACCAUAACUCUGCAUCAAAACUUUACCGAUGGGGAAACCAUUACGUCUUUAAAUGAAAGGUAUGAGCUAGGUUUCUUUAGCCCUGGCAGUUCGGAAAACCGAUAUCUAGGGAUAUGGUUUAAGAACAUCACCCCUUUAACAGUUAUAUGGGUUGCUAACAGAGAGACCCCACUUAAGGAUCGGUUUGGAAUGGUUAAACUAGGCAACCUAGGAAACAUGUCUCUUGUCGAUGGGGGUGGCACGGUCGUUUGGACAUCCAACUCCUCUGCAUCCAGCACUACUGCUGUUAAACCCAUAGCAAAGCUUUGGAGUAGUGGAAAUUUGGUAAUCAUGAGUGAAGAUAGUCGUGAUGAGGAAAAUCAUAUUUGGCAAAGUUUUGAUUAUCCUGGCGAUACUAUUGUAUCAGGAAUCAAACUGGGCAAGAACCUUGUAACAGGAAGAGAAAUAUAUUUGACUUCCUGGAAAAAUCCGGAUGAUCCAUCCCCGGGUGAGUAUUCCAUGAGGUUUUUAAUGGUUAAGGAUAAAUAUCCGCAAGGAUAUUUGUGGAAAAGUUCUGUAAAGUUAACAAGGUUCGGGCCAUAUAAUGGUUACGAGUUUGCUGGCCAGACACACUAUAAUUCCAAAGACAAAGAUAUUAUGGUUCUUAAUCAGGAGGAUAUGCAUCUCCAGUUCAUGCAUAACAGCACCAUAUUCGCACUAAUGUAUAAACUUAAUCCUGAUGGCAAGCUAAACACUACGCAUCUAAUUGUACACAAUCAUCGAUGGAUACAAGAUUUAGUAAUACCUAAUGAUAAGUGUGAUGAAUAUGGAAUGUGUGGCCCAUAUGAAAGCUGUGUUUCGUUAACUCCUCCUUACUGCAAAUGCUUGAAAGGGUUUCAACAAGGUAUUCCAGAAACAUCAAAUUCUGAUAAUCGGACUAGGGGAUGCCAACGAAGUAGACCUUUGGAUUGUGGGCCUAGAGAGGGAUUUCUGAAGCUUCCAAACAUGAAAUUUCCGGAUACUCAGAACGCUGUCUAUAAUAACAGCAUGAGCCUCCAAGAGUGUGAGGUUGCUUGCAAAAAUAACUGCUCUUGCACUGCCUAUGCCAAUCCAAACAUCACCGAAGGUGCAGUUGGAUGCUUGCUAUGGUUUGGUGAUUUGAUUGAUGUUCGAGUCUACCAAGCAACUGGGCAAGAUCUUUAUGUUAGAUUGGCGGCCUCCGAACUAUUAGAUACCAAUUCCAAGCUCCAUAGAACGAAAAGUGUGAUUAUUACUGUAACUUUGACAAUGGCUGUUGUUUUGGUUGGCCUGGUAUUGGCGCUAUACAUCUGGACUAGGCGGAAGAAGAGAUCAAAUGUGGAAAGAGAAGGUAUGCCAAGAACAGUCCUUGAUAAAGAUAACAAAUCUAGCAGCAAAAACGAAAAUAUGGAGCUGCCAUUAUUUAGCCUAUCACAAAUUUACAGGGCUACCAAUAAGUUCUCCAUCGAAAAUAAGCUUGGACAAGGCGGGUUUGGUCCAGUUUACAAGGGUAUGCUAGAAGGACAAGAGGUUGCUGUGAAGCGACUCUCAAAGUCCUCUCGACAAGGAGUUGACGAAUUCAAGAAUGAAGUUAUAUGCAUAGCUAAACUUCAACAUCGGAAUCUUGUGAAGCUCCUUGGAUAUUGCAAUGAAGAAGACGAGACAAUUUUAGUUUACGAAUACAUGCCUAACAGAAGUCUAGACAGUUUUAUAUUUGAUGACAUAAGGAAGUCACAACUUGAUUGGUCACAGCGCUUCAACAUAAUUCAAGGGAUUGCCCGAGGUCUUCUUUAUCUUCAUCAAGAUUCUAGGCUUAUAGUAGUACAUAGGGAUUUAAAAGCAGGCAACAUUUUACUCGAUCAUCAUAUGCGUCCGAAGAUAUCAGACUUUGGUUUGGCUAGAAUGUUUACAGAACAUGAGAGUGAAGCAAAUACAAAGAGAGUGGUGGGAACUUUGGGCUACAUAUCACCGGAGUAUGCAGUGAAUGGUCAAUACUCGACAAAGUCAGAUAUUUUUAGCUUUGGAGUUAUAAUGCUGGAGAUCGUGAGCGGCCAGAAAAAUAGAGGUUUUGUUGAUGAAAAUCAAGAAGCGGAUAACCUAGUAGGCCACGCAUGGAGACUUUACAAUGAAAACAAGUCUUUCGAUCUAGUUGACUCAUGUUUAUGCAAUUCCUAUUCUACUUCAGAAUUGAUGAGAUCGGUACACGUUGGCUUAUUAUGUGUACAAAAUCGACCAGAAGAUAGACCUAGCGCACAGUCUGUAAUUGACAUGUUAGACGGUGAAGGUUCACUACUUUCUCCAAAAAAACCUGGUUUCUUUAUUCAUAGAUCUGAAAUCAACUCCAACACAAUUGUUCCAUCUAUUAAUGGAUUAACAUUAAGUCAAGUAUAUGGUAGAUAAGAAACUAUUUUAAACAUGUUUAAGGUUAUUUCUGGGCAUGUAUCUAUUAUAUCAUAAGCUAGCUAGAUCCAUCACGCUCUUGGGAUAUCUAGUCGUUGUAGGAAGCUAGUUAACAUUUUCUUAGCCCUUAUGGCAAAUUAGUACUGUUUGGCUGAAUAUGUCAUGUAUCUAUAUUUUUAAACUCGUCAUGCUAGGUGAUCUAUAAUAUCUGUCUAACUGGUUUUUUUUUCUCUCAAAA